GCAUGCGCCCGGGCGGGGCUCCGCCUCCCAGCGCCGCGCGGCUCACGGGUCACGUUCGGGCCCGGAUCGCUGGUUCCCCAGCACCUGCCGCCGCCCCCUUACGCUCCCCGGCGCGGGGCGCCCUGGGAUAGCGGCGGGCUCACCGGCUGGAACAGACUUUGGCCCCUUGCCUAGCACUCCCGAUGCCUCAUUUGCCUCUGACCUCUUUUCGACCACCGCUUUGGGGCUUGAGGCCCUCACGGGGCCUCCGCAGGUCCCGUCCCCUUUCCACCCAGUCAGAGCCCGAUGGAUCAGCCAUCUCCCGGAGGAACCGUGAAGCCAAACAGAAGCGUCUGCGAGAGAAGCAGGCAUCGCUGGAGGCUGGGAUAGCCCCCAAGACCAAGUCACCUGCAGAAUCCAGUAAGGCCUGGACCUCUAAGGAGAGAGUGUUAUAUGAAAUCCCCACGGAACAUGGAGAAAAGAAAGAUGUCUCCCGGCCCCUGCCUCCUGCAUACAGCCCCCAGUACGUUGAGGCUGCCUGGUACCCUUGGUGGGUGCGAGAGGGCUUCUUCAAACCAGAAUAUCAGGCCAGGCUGCCGCAGGCCACAGAGGAGACCUUUUCCAUGUGUAUCCCACCCCCUAAUGUCACAGGCUCCCUGCACAUUGGGCAUGCGCUGACCGUGGCCAUACAGGAUGCUCUCGUGCGCUGGCACCGGAUGCGUGGGGAUCGGGUGCUGUGGGUCCCUGGCUCAGAUCAUGCAGGGAUUGCGACCCAAGCUGUGGUGGAGAAACAGCUGUGGAAGGAGCGAGGAGUGAGGAGACAUGAGCUGAGCAGGGCAGACUUCCUUAGGGAGGUGUGGAAGUGGAAGGAGGGGAAAGGUGGCGAGAUCUGUGAGCAGCUCAGAGCGCUGGGGGCCUCCCUGGACUGGGACCGAGAAUGCUUUACUAUGGAUACCGGCUCCUCAGUGGCCGUGACAGAAGCUUUUGUGCGGCUCUACAAAGCUGGGUUGUUGUACCGGAGCCGGCAGCUGGUCAACUGGUCGUGUGCCUUGCGCUCCGCCAUCUCGGAUAUUGAGGUGGAAAGUCGACCCCUCCCUGGCCGCACGGAGCUUCAGUUGCCUGGCUGUCCCACCCCCGUGUCUUUUGGCCUCCUCUUUUCCGUGGCCUUCCCCGUGGAUGGAGAGCCUGGUGCAGAGGUUGUGGUGGGAACCACGAGGCCAGAGACGCUGCCUGGAGACGUGGCUGUGGCGGUCCAUCCUGAUGACUCCCGGUACACGCAUCUACAUGGGCGACAACUCUGUCAUCCCUUGACGGGGCAGCUUCUCCCCCUUAUCACAGACUGCACUGUUCAGCCACACGUGGGCACAGGGGCAGUGAAGGUGACUCCAGCGCACAGCCCUGCCGAUGCUGAGCUGGGGGCCCGACACGGCUUGAGCCCCCGGAGUGUCAUUGCAGAGGAUGGGACCAUGACCACCCUUUGUGAGGACUGGCUGCAGGGUCUUCACCGAUUUGUGGCCCGGGAAAAGAUUCUGUCCGCACUGAGGGAGCGGGGCCUGUUCCGGGGCCUCCAGAACCACCCCAUGGUGCUGCCCAUUUGCAGCCGUUCCGGGGAUGUGGUAGAAUACCUACUGAAGAGCCAGUGGUUUGUCCGCUGCCGGGAAAUGGGGGAGCAAGCCGCCAAGGCCGUGGAGUCCGGGGCCCUGGAGCUCAGUCCCUCCUUCCACCAGAAGAACUGGCAGCACUGGUUUUCCCACAUUGGGGACUGGUGUGUCUCCCGGCAGCUGUGGUGGGGCCAUCGGAUUCCAGCCUACCUGGUUGUAGAGGAGCACACAAAGGGUGAUACAGAGGACUGCUGGGUGGUCGGGCGGACAGAGGCCGAGGCCAGAGAAGUAGCUGCAGAAUUAACAGGGAGACCAGGGGUGGAGCUGACCUUGGAGAGGGACCCUGAUGUCCUGGACACGUGGUUCUCCUCGGCUCUCUUCCCCUUUUCUGCCCUGGGCUGGCCCCGAGAGACCCCAGACCUGGCUCAUUUCUACCCCCUGUCACUUUUGGAAACGGGCAGUGACCUCCUGCUGUUCUGGGUGGGCCGCAUGGUCAUGUUGGGGACCCAGCUCACAGGGCAGCUCCCCUUCAGCAAGGUCCUGCUUCACUCUAUGGUCCGGGACAGGCAGGGCCGGAAGAUGAGCAAGUCCCUGGGGAAUGUGCUGGACCCACGGGACAUCAUCAGUGGGGUGGAGCUGCAGGUACUGCAGGAAAAGCUGAGGGAUGGAAACUUGGACCCCGCAGAGCUGGCGAUUGCGGCCACGGCGCAGAGAAAGGACUUCCCUCAUGGGAUCCCCGAGUGCGGGACAGACGCUCUGAGAUUCACCCUGUGCUCCCACGGGGCCCUGGGGGGCGACUUGCACCUGUCCGUCUCUGAGGUCCUGAGCUUCCGACACUUCUGCAAUAAGAUCUGGAAUGCUCUGCGCUUUAUCCUGAAUGCUCUUGGGGAGGAAUUCAUACCCCAACCUGCAGAGGAGCCCCUUCUGCUGCAGCUGUCCCCUGCCUCCCGCAUGGACGCCUGGAUCCUCAGCUGCCUGGCCCGCACGGCCCAGGACUGUGAGCGGGGCUUCCUCACCCAUGAGCUCUCGCUCGUCACCCAUGCCCUGCACCACUUCUGGCUGCACAACCUCUGCGAUGUCUACUUGGAGGCCGUGAAGCCGGUACUGUUGCACUCUCCCCGCCCCCCGGAGCCGCCUCAGGUCCUGUUCUUCUGCGCUGACAUCGGUCUCCGCCUCCUCGCCCCAUUGAUGCCCUUCCUGGCUGAAGAGCUCUGGCAGAGGCUGCCCCCCAGGCCUGGUGGUCCCCCUGCCCCCAGCAUCUGUGUUGCCCCCUACCCGAGUGCCCGCAGCUUGGAGCACUGGCACCAGCCUGAGCUGGAGCGGCGCUUCUCCCGGGUUCAGGAGUCCGUGCAGGCGCUCAGGGCUCUGCGCGCCACCUACCAGCUGACCAAGGCCCGGCCCCGAGUGCUGCUGCAGAGCUCAGAGCCUGGCGAGCAGGGCCUCUUUGAGGCCUUCCUGGAGCCGCUGGGCACCCUGGGCCACUGUGGGGCGGUGGGCCUUCUACCCACUGGUGCAGCAGCCCCCUCGGGCUGGGUCCAGGCCCCCCUCAGUGACACCAGUCAGGUGUAUAUGGAGCUGCAGGGCCUGGUGGACCCCCAGACCCACCUACCUCGGCUGGCUGCCCGAAGACACAAGUUGCAGAAGCAGCUUGAUGGCCUCCUAGCCCGGCCCCCGUCAGAGGGAGAGGUGGAGACUCAGAGGCAGCAGAAGCUUUCUUCCCUCCAGUUGGAAUUGUCAAAACUGGACAAGGCGGCCUCUCACCUCCGGCAGCUGAUGGAUGCGUCUCCAAGCCCUGGGGGCUCACCAUCCCCGUGACUUUCCUCCCUCCCAGACCCGCCUUUGAGACCUCUGAGGACAGACCGGGCAGCAUCGGGGUGUUAUGUGGUCCAGCCCCUUCGUUUUGUCAGUGAGGAAACACACUGGCUUGUCAGAUGACUGGGUGACCUUGAGACGCUCACAUUUUUGCCCUAGCCCCCCUCCUCUGAGGUCCCACCUGGAAGUUUGGGAAGGAGGACACUCAGAUAAACUUAAAAUCCCAAACAUG